UCUGUCUCCCUUUCCGGGAAGUCAGCGUGUUAUAUUAUUAUACUGCUGGAGUUAGCAGUAAGUGUGCUGUGUAUGUGGCGGUCACUGAGCACAGUUGGCUCUUAUCUCCGUGCAUUCCUCCCAUAGCCUAGGGGGCAGCAGCAGCUCAUCAUCACACAUUGUGCAUCCCUGACAGAGAGCCAUGUACUAGCCCAUGCUGUGGACCCGGUGUAUGUGGUACCUCAACCUUGAAAGAUCCCUUUUAUUCAGAAUAUAUGUCUUCUUCCAGGUCAUUGAUCAUAGAGCACCCAGGGACACUCAAUUCACCGUCAAGUGGGAAACAGUCAUAAUGAGUAAUCAGGAUUUUGAGGCUGUACUACAGGCGUGCAAGCGAAUGCUCGAUGUUCUCGCUUCAGAGGUGUUCGAGCCAUCUGAGGAGGAAAAGAAUGACUACCAACGGUGCGAAGAGCGAGCAGGGGUGGCCAACCAGUCAGUGACAAAGAGCCACAAAACCUUGUUAGAUGAUAAUGGCCACAGUGUAGAAAAUUUAGAUCAUCGUCGACAUGAAGUGGGAACGGAGGGUUCCAUUGUUCACCCAAGUGGCCAGCUAGUGAACGCCGUAGAUGAAAUUAGCAGGUCUGCUUCCGACAGAGCCAUGGAUUCGCGUGAAGUAUGGAUUGUGGGGAACUCCUAUGUAGACUUUGCCUCCAAGAUUCCGACUGCAAGAGACACAGCCAUUUUCAGAGCUUCUCUCCCAGACGAUCUGAGGACCCUGAUUCAGGAGGCAAAGGAAAUGAAGUGGCCCUUUGUGCCAGAGAGGUGGCAAUACAAACAGGCUGUAGGCCCAGAAGACAAAACAAACCUACAGGAUAUGAUCAAUCCAAGGCUGCAUGACUUACUGGUGUAUUUGAAGACUUCUAUCAUGGUUGGUGACAGUGGUACUGCUGCUGCUAUUGUGUUCCUGAUUGACCGGUUUCUAUACUGGGCUGAUGCAUCCACAAAACUGCUGUCUGUUGCAAAGGCUUUGCACAAGGUGUGGCCAUCCACACCAAUAGCGCCACAGGUGGUUAUACGGCAAGCUCGUAUAUCUGUAAAUUCAGGAAAGCUUUUGAAAGCAGAAUAUAUAUUAAGCAGUCUGAUAAGCAACAAUGGAGCAACAGGUACAUGGCAAUAUUCUGAAGAUAGUGACAGGCUUCUAGUUCAGUCUGUGUGCAUACAGAUCCGAGGACAAAUCCUACAGAAAUUAGGCAUGUGGUACGAGGCAGCUGAGCUGAUCUGGACCUCUCUUGUUGGUUUUUUUGAACUCCCCAUACCUGACAAAAAGGGAAUAUCGACUUCCCUUGGUGUUUUAGCAGACAUCUUCAUAUCCAUGAGUGAGGAGGACUACCAGAGGUUUAAAAAAAACAGUAACGUGGGCUUGACUCUACUGGAAAAGUUUGAACACAAAUUACUGUCAGCAGCAGAAGCUUGUAAACUGGCAGCAACUUACAGUCUAUACACACCCCUCUUUGUACUCACCAACUUGAACAUCCGUGGCACAUGUUUGUUGUCGUAUAGCUUGUCAAAAGACUGUACAGUGGAUAAGAGAUCUUACUAUCUUUCUCAAGCUAAGGAAUCAUUUGAGAUUGGGCUCCUUACCAAGAAAAAAGGUGACCAUGUGACAAGUAAGCAGGAGCUAUACAGCUUUGUCAAGGCAGCCUUUUGUCUUGCAAAUGUGCACAAAUGGCUUAACGGUGAGACUGCCCAAAAUGAAGACGUGAAUGUGAUUUAUAGUGAAGCCAUGGAGAAGCUGGCAAAGUAUAAUAUUUUACCAGACAAACAUGACAAAGCAGACUUGGCCAAUUAUAUUAUGUCUCUUGUAAGCUCCAUAAAAGAACUUUUCAAAGUACAGCCAAUCGAAACCUCAGAUAACCGUUCUUAUGUGCCCGACAGCUACAGAGAUUGUGUAGACAAAAAUAUUGUUAUCGGAAAAGUCAGGUUUAAUAAACUGCUGGAUAUGUAUUCUCAGCAUCACAACUCUGUGUGUGACGUGUUUGAUAGGAAUUGCAGAAACCAUGUUGCAAUGGACGUAAAAUCAGGAGUUUGUGUCACUGCAUUAAAGACUAGCGAUACUGUCAGUACAAUAGACAACUCUCCCAUCCAAACAGCUGGAGACCAUGAUCGCUCAAGUGACAAAUCAGGCAAGAGAAGAAAGUUUGUGCGGUCUGAUGCAAUAAGUCACUCCGUUGAUGAGGACAGUAGUAAAAAUGUUAGAAGGUCACUUAACAAACGUUACAGCUCCAGCUUGUCAAACUCCUCUUUUAGUUGGGAAUGUAUUCCAGAACAUAAUGAAAAAGAGCCUCACAUAACCGAUGACAGUAGUAAGGUGGAGAAUCCUGGCUCUUCAGCUAAAAUAGGUGAGAUUGUUAAUUUAGAAACAAAUAACGGAAUUGAAAUCCCUUUUCAGGGUCUCUCAGUUCAAGAAGGCAAGAGCUCUGAUAACCAAUCUAAUUGUCCACUGUUCAGUGAAAAACAAACUGGAGAAACAAACCGGACAAAUGAUGCAAGCCAGUCAAUCUCUAUUACUGGAAAUAAUGAAAUUUCAGCUACCAAUAAAUUGGUGUCUACUAUGUCAUGUGAAAUGGGGAAUGAUCACUAUUCAGAUUAUGAGUCAUUUGUAAUUGUAGACCCUUUGACUGAGACAGAAUCUGUCACUGAGAAUAAACUGAGCAAUGUAUCAGGAAAACGAAAUGAUUUUAAGGGUGAUUUUACAGGAAGUUAUGGUAAUAACGUAAAAGGAGAAACCCUAUAUGCUACAGAUGAAGUAUUUAUUGGUAUACAUGAGAAUUUGCCAAAACCUCCAGGUCAUCCAAGUGCUGCUGCAGGACAAAGGUUAUUCCAUGUAAUUGACGUAGAAGGUGAAACCAAAGAUACUACAGAUGAUGUAGACAUUGAAGUACAGAGAAAUAUGCCUAAACUUCCUGGUCCAUCAGGUCAAAUUGCAGGGGAAAGUUUAUUUAAUGGAAUUGAUGUAGAAGGUGAAACCAAAGAUACUACAGAUGAUGUAGACAUUGAAGUACAUGGGAAGAUGCAGAUACCUCCAGGUCCAUCAGGUCAUAUUGCAGGACAAAUGUUAUUUCAUGGAAUUGACAUAGAAGAUGAAACAAAAUAUUCUACAGAUGAUGUAGACAUUGAAGUACAUGGGAACAUGCCAAUACCUUCAGGUCCAUCAGGUCAUAUUGCAGGACAAAGGUUGGUUCAUGGAAUUGACAUAGAAGGAGAAACAAAAGAUGCUACAGAUGAUGCACUUAUUGAAAUUCAUCCGUCUGUACCAGCAGCUCCAUCUGUGUCUGUGAUAAGCCAUAAUAAUCUGGCCUCCUUUUCUGAAGACAAGUUAUUAGCAACAGAAGACAGGUUCCAAAAGCAGUUCCUUAACCAACAAUGGUCUAUUGAAAGUUCAACUGCCAAAAUCCCCCUAAAAGAGCAGAAUAGUGGGGUAAAUUUGUUAACAUCUUCUGGAAAUAGCAAGGCAAUGGCAGGGAGCAGUGAUGAGCCAUGUGAAACCACCGAGGAAGGAGAUAAUAAAUGGAGUCUGAGCUUCAGUAGCAGCAAUGGAUCCAGUUCUUGGAGCAAAUUAAGUCAAUUUUCAAGAAGUUUGUCUGAAUCAAAUUCAUUAAAUUCAAGUGUAAAUUCCUUUGUUAUUCUUCAACCAGAAAUUACUGAGCAGAUGCGCCAAGCUUGUUCACUAGAUGCCACAGAUUAUGAAAGACUUCUUUCAGGCGUAAAUCAUGAAUGGCUACUGAAGAGGCUAAAGGAUACAGGAGUAUUUAGCUUCCAGCAGUCACAUAAAACAUACAAUGCUCUGCUUCUGAAAUUUUCCAAAAAAUCUGAGCUGUGGACUGCCCAGGAAACAGUCGUGCACUUUGGGGAUGAUGUGGAUGUUAAAAAUGAGGGAAAGCAAAGAAAAGCUUUCUGGAUCUACUUUCUACACCAAGAUGAGACUUUGGGAAGGUAUGUUGGGAAAGCAUACAAAAAGCACAAGGAGCUGCUGUAUCAUUUCGUCGAUGUUGAGCGUCAGAUGACUGCUCAGUAUUAUGUGACAGAAUUCAACAAAAGACUCUAUGAGAUGAACAUUCCCACUCAGAUAUUUUAUAUUCCCUCUGCUGUUCUUUUGAUUACAGAAGGCGGCAGCAUUAAGGGAUGUGUGAGUGUGGAGCCUUAUAUUCUUGGAGAAUUUGUAAAACUUACCAAUAACACCAAGACUGUGAGAAUGCAAUAUGAAGCUACAAAGUACGGUUUGGCUUUUGGACAUUUUGCCUAUGAGUUUUCUAAUUUCUCUGAUAUAGUGGUGGAUUUACAAGGUUGGGUAACAGGAAGUGACAAAGGAGAAGCACUCAUUUACCUCACUGACCCACAGAUCCAUUCAGUUAAGGAUACACCAGGAGCCACCUGUCUAAAUUUUGGAAGUGACGGGAUAUACAUGUUCUUCAAUGUUCAACAUAAAGAGUGCAAUGAAAUUUGCCAUAGUCUGUCUCUUACCAGGCCUGACAUAAAAGUAUUAGAAAAGUCUAGUAAAGCAGGAACAAGUAAAGACCGUCGACAUCAUUUUAAAAAUUCCAAAGGUACAUGACAAUGAAAGACUACAGUACCUCCAUUGUAGACCCGUUCAGCACGUGUGUAUAUGCAUAUUCUUUAUGUUUCUUCCCUAAUCCUUUUACUUUCUAUUUGGAAUAAAAAAGAAACCCUGUAAAAACGAUAAUCUUAAUGAAUACUUACAGAGGUAGGGGUGUAAGCAUAUUAAUAUCCUUGCAUUAAUAUGGACAUGGAGGUCAGUCAGUGACUGCUGACUUAAUUUACAUUUGUUUUUUAUUCUUUCUGGUGUAUUUAUUCUCUGGAAGGUGUGGUGCCACAAUGUAUAAAAUCUAUAUAUGUUACAUUAUUUUUCUAUAAACAUUCAGAGUUUAUUUUGGUAUAAUGGGGUCAAUAUAAACAAUUUAUUUCAGGGAUACUUUUUCCUAAGUGAGAUGUUCAAAAAGUAAGUGGGUCAAAAUAAAUCUAGUUUGGAGAAUAUUCCUGGAUUCUAAAUAUAAGAUGUUCUGCAAAUAUAGCCAUAGAUAGAUGUAAGGAAAUAUGCAAAUUAAUUGUGUAUCUUUGGAGAGAUUAAUAAAGUAGUAUGUUAGUAGAUCCCGAACUUUGGUUUUGUGACACAGAAAUAAUAAAAAUAUUAUAUUAAAUAAAAUGUGAAUCACAAAUGUAUCUGAGUAUAUUUCAAAACCAAGGAUAAGUAGUGUUUUACAUUUUCAAUAAAAAUAUCCUCU